AUGGAGACAUUGCAAAGCUCUCUGGCUCAAGCCACAGCCUUCUGGACAAAUAUUGUGACGAACAACUCGCCCCAGAAAAUCGAAUUUGUCGGAACACUCGUGAUUCAAAUCCUUUUCUUCUGGAUCCCAUCAAUCAUCUACCUAUCCCUCGAUGUAAUCGCACCCUCAUUCUCCCAACGCCACAAAAUCCAACCAGCACCCAAACAGCCAACCCGCGCAGAAAUAUUCCGCUGUUUCAUAGUCGUCGCGCAAAAUCAGCUUCUCUCAUCAAUUCUGCACAUAGCAUUACUGUGCUUAGCCAGCCGCUCAUCAUACCGAAUCGAAGUCUCACUGCCCAAUUUCCCUGAGAUCGUCCGCGAUUUCCUCCUCAGCCUGUUAAUGCGAGAAGCUCUCUUCUACUACAGCCACAGACUGUUGCAUAUACCAUAUCUGUAUGUGCGCAUCCAUAAAAAGCAUCAUCGUUUCACAGCGCCGAUUGCGCUAGCUGCACAGUUCGCACAUCCCAUUGAGCAGAUCUUCGCAAAUGCGUUGCCUAUCUCGCUUCCGCCCCAGUUGCUGCACAGUCAUGUGUUGACUUUUUGGAUUUUCCUCGCCUGGGAGUUGUUCAACACGGUCACUGUGCACAGUGGGUAUGACUUCUUCCGUAAUAAGGCCAAGAUGCAUGAUUUGCAUCACGAGAAGUUCAAUUUGAACUAUGGGUCCGUGGGGCUGUUGGAUUGGGUGCAUGGAACUGAUAAGUUGGAGAAGAAACGGAAGGAGUAA